ACCAGACAUUCUGUCAUUCACCAGCAAUAUCUCUCCAUAGUAGUCUACACCAAUGUGCCUUCAUGAAAUAUUUCACUAUGUUUGUGGAAGAAAUAUUCAAAUGAACGUGCUUUUUCAGGAAUGGUGACACCAGAAUGUUACAAAUCUGUUCAUUACCACAACAAGGAUAAAUGGUAUUUCUGCCAAAGACUUGAUAACGGGUGCAGUAAUGCAUCUCAGCACUUUCUGAAAUUAAAGGUCUGCCCUGAGAGAAUUCGCAUGCUUGUCUAGAAAUACACCUUUAAAGGAUAAUCUCCCAGGACAUAGGCCCAGCCACAAAGAAGCCUGUCCAAGAGUUCAUUUCAAUUUUCUGCAAAGGAUUUAACAAUGGAAUACAAAAAUCUCAGGGUGCAGAGAGACUAAGAGAAUUUAUACAAAAAUUUCUACUGAAUGAAUUUCCCCACCUUCUUGGUGAUUGUACGUACACCUGCCUUCCUUAUAAGGAGAACAAGGAAGUAAAUCAUGUUGAAGUUGCUUUUAAACACAGCUUUCCUUCUUUACCUGUCCAGGUAGCCUGUUUUCAUUUCAGUCUUAAUGAAAACUUUUAAAUUUACAUCUCAAGUUUCUUUUCAAAGCAGCCGAGAACUGAAACGAAUGGGGAUUGAACUGCUUUGCCUGUUCUUUCUAUUUCUAGGAAGGAACGAUCACGUACAAGGUGGCUGUGCUAUGGGAGGUGCAGAAACCUGUGAAGACUGCUUACUCAUUGGACCUCAGUGUGCCUGGUGUUCUCAGGAGAAUUUUACCCAUCCAUCUGGAAUUGGAGAAAGGUGUGAUACCCCAGCAACUCUUUUAGCUAAAGGAUGUCAACUAACCUUCAUCGAAAACCCUGUCUCCCAAAUAGAAAUACUUACAAAUAAGCCUCUCAGUGUAGGCAGACAGAAAAAUAGUUCUGACAUUGUUCAGAUUGCACCUCAAAGCUUGACUCUUAAAUUGAGACCAGGUAGUGAACAGACCCUGCAAGUGCAAGUCCGCCAGACAGAGGACUACCCAGUGGACUUGUAUUACCUCAUGGACCUCUCAGCCUCCAUGGAUGAUGACCUCAACACAAUCAAAGAAUUGGGCUCCCUGCUUUCCAAGGAGAUGUCUAAAUUAACCAGCAACUUUAGACUGGGCUUCGGCUCUUUUGUGGAAAAACCCGUCUCCCCUUUUAUGAAAACAACACCAGAAGAAAUCGCCAACCCUUGCAGUAGUAUUCCAUACUUCUGCUUACCUACAUUUGGAUUCAAGCACAUUCUGCCAUUAACAAAUGAUGCUGAAAGAUUCAAUGAAAUUGUGAAGAAUCAGAAAAUUUCUGCUAAUAUUGAUACACCAGAAGGUGGAUUUGAUGCAAUUAUGCAAGCUGCUGUGUGUAAGGAAAAAAUUGGCUGGCGGAAUGACUCCCUCCAUCUCCUGGUCUUUGUGAGUGAUGCUGAUUCUCAUUUUGGAAUGGACAGCAAACUGGCAGGCAUCGUCAUUCCUAACGAUGGGCUCUGUCACUUGGACAACAAAAAUGAAUACUCCAUGUCAACUGUUUUGGAAUAUCCAACAAUUGGACAACUCAUUGAUAAACUGGUGCAAAAUAACGUGCUAUUAAUCUUUGCUGUAACCCAAGAACAAGUUCAUUUAUAUGAGAAUUAUGCAAAACUCAUUCCUGGAGCUACAGUAGGGCUACUUCAGAAGGACUCUGGAAACAUUCUCCAGCUGAUCAUCUCAGCUUACGAAGAACUCCGGUCUGAGGUGGAACUGGAAGUGUUAGGAGACACGGAGGGACUCAACCUGUCUUUCACAGCGAUCUGUAACAACGGUGCCCUCUUCGCACACCAAAAGAAAUGCUCUCACAUGAAGGUGGGAGACACAGCUUCAUUCAACGUGACCGUGAGUAUACCAAACUGCGAGAGAAGAAACAGGCACAUUAUCGUAAAGCCCGUGGGGCUGGGGGACACCCUAGAAAUACUUGUCAGUCCGGAAUGCAACUGCAAUUGUCAGAAAGAAGUGGAAGUGAACAGCUCCAAAUGCCACAACGGGAACGGGUCCUUCCAGUGUGGGGUGUGUGCCUGCAACCCUGGCCACAUGGGUCCUCGCUGUGAGUGCGGGGAGGACACGCUGAGCACAGACUCCUGCAAGGAGGCUCCAGAUCACCCCUCCUGCAGUGGAAGAGGCGACUGCUACUGUGGGCAGUGCAUCUGCCACUUGUCUCCCUACGGAAACAUUUAUGGGCCCCACUGCCAGUGUGAUGACUUCUCCUGCGUGAGACACAAAGGGCUGCUCUGCGGAGAUAACGGCGACUGUGACUGCGGCGAGUGCGUGUGCAGGACGGGCUGGGCGGGCGAAUACUGUAAUUGCACCACCAGCACCGACUCCUGCGUCUCGGAGGACGGGGUGCUCUGCAGCGGGCGAGGGGACUGUAUCUGUGGCAAGUGUGUUUGCACGAACCCGGGGGCCUCUGGACCCACCUGUGAACGUUGUCCUACCUGUGGCGAUCCCUGUAACUCCAAACGGAGCUGCAUUGAAUGUCACCUGUCUGCCGAUGGCCAGGCCCAAGAAGAAUGUGCUGACAAAUGCAAACUAGUUGGUGCGACCAUCAAUGAAGCAGAAGAUUUUUCAAAGGAUAGUUCUGUUCCCUGUUCUCUGCAAGGAGAAAAUGAAUGUCUUAUUACAUUCCUAAUAACUACAGACAAUGAAGGGAAAACCAUCAUUCACAGCAUCAAUGAGAAAGACUGUCCAAAGCCCCCAAACAUUCCCAUGAUCAUGUUGGGGGUUUCACUGGCUAUUCUUCUCAUUGGGGUUGUCCUCCUGUGCAUUUGGAAGCUGUUGGUGUCAUUUCAUGAUCGUAAAGAAGUUGCCAAAUUUGAAGCAGAACGGUCAAAGGCCAAGUGGCAAACGGGAACCAAUCCACUGUAUAGAGGUUCGACCAGUACCUUCAAAAACGUAACCUAUAAACACAGGGAGAAACAAAAGAUGGAUCUUUCCACAGAUGGAUAGAACUACUUCAUGCACAAAAAAAGUCUGCUUCACUGAUAUGAAAUGUUAAUGCACUAUUUAAUUUUUCUUUUUUGUUGCUUUAAAAUGAGGUUGGUUUAAGAUAAUAAUAGGUCAUUUGGAGAUCAGUCAUUGUAUGAAGGUUAGAGACUGUGUUGGCAGGUUCAAAAUAAUCAAGAAGAGAAAUAUCCUUAGCAAAGGGGUGACUUUGGGGAUCACUGAGGAAUACUAACUCUGUUGCAUUAAUGCCUCAAAAAAUCAUCAAAAUGACACAUGGGGGCCUGAUUUGCAUUUGAAAAAUGUUUGAAAUUAGAAUCUCAUUUGUUGCAGGAAUAUAGCUACCUGAAGUCUUUGUCUCAGCAAAGUCACAAAGUCCAUAUGCUCACAUUAAAUAAUCACACUUGCGAAUUAAUUCUAAACUUUGAGUAAAUCUGCCCUUUCCUAAAGGAGGAUUCUUUUAAAAAUCUAUGAAAAAUGAGAUGCUGACUUUUACUUCAACUGAGAGGAUGCAAUUCUUCUAAAGAUGCCCCAAAUGUAAUUAGUGUUAAUAAUUUCUGUGGAUUUGCAUGUAUCUAAAAGUCAGGUACACAAACAAGUAUUUUAUUUGUUUUACAAAUGAAGAAGAAAUCUAUAAAUUAGAAAGUUACCGGUAAAAACAAAAAUAGCUAGUCCAUUAUUUGGAUUAUUUUUAAUUACCGGAAAAUUUUCUAUACUCAGGUUCCCUCCUGACCCCAAGUUUUCAAACUCUUACUUCUCCCAUAUUUUUCAAUCCUUUUUACUUAAUUUCAUAGUCACCUAACCCCUGGAAAUGCCAUAUGAAAGUUUUAAUUUCUUGUUAAAAAACUACUGUAAACGAUUAGGUAGUUUAUUCAAAAAGAGCUCCAAUAAUGCAAAAGGGACAUGGGUUAAAAAUAGAACAAAAUUUUAAAUGGCUUUAAAGCAAACACAUCAAGAGUACACAGUCUCUCAUGAGUAAUAGGCUUUCUAUCUAUAUUUGUUCCUAUUUACAUAACCUAACUUGCACAUUUCAGUUGCAUAUGGUAAAUAUGCAUCUUAUAUCUACUUUAAAAAGUAAGAUUUAUGGAGCAUCUGGGUGGCUCAGUCGGUUAAGCGUCUGACUUUGGCUCAGGUCAUGAUCUCGCAGUCUAUGGGUUCAAGCCCUGCGUCAGGCUCUGUGCUGACAGCUCAGAGCCUGGAGCCUGCUUCCGAUUCUGUGUCUCCCCCUCGCUGCCCCUCCCCAGGUUGUGCUCUCUCUCUCUCUCUCAAAAAUAAAUAAACAUGAAAAAAACAAUAAAAUAAAAAAUAAAAAGUAAGAUUUUACUUGCAAAAUAGAUGUGGAUAAUUUGAGUUCCAUAGGUUGAUUGAAGAGAUGGACGUUGUAGAAUAGUAUUUCCUAUUAGUACUGCUUCACAAAGCGUUGUCCUCUUUUUUGAUGUUCAUAAGGAAACUAAGCCUCAGAGAGUGAGUAGAAGAACUGGUCCAGAAUCUAGAUCUUCCACUCCAAGAUAUUUUUUCUCUCCACAGUAUGAGACAGACCCUUUUGCCCGUGAAAUGAUGGAAAGAUUUUCUUAGUUAAGUGAUCACUAUCAUUUGUUUGAAAAUGUACUGAGACUAAAAUAACAUUUAAAUGACUGGAGUACUGGAGUAGAGGUGAGGUCUUGUACUUUUGUGCAGUGUUUAUUACCUUUGAGUAAAUUGUAAUGUGAAAACUUUUACUAGGUGAAUAGUUCAUUCUGUAAUAGAAACUUCAAAUGUAUCCACGGAAUUGGCACAGGUAAUGUAUGAUAAGUUUCUUCAAUUCACAUUUGAUCACUUGGAUUUCUGGUUUCUAAGUAACUCAGGUUAAUCAGACACUUGGGGAAUACACAGCUAUACUCAAAGAAUUACUAAACAAUCACCUUGGACACCUGAAGGACAGAUGUACCCCCUCUGUUCCUGACUGAAGCCCAGGGUCUGGGGAAAACCUACAGCAACAAGGAAGUUGCAAUAGUGAUGAACCAACAGUAGUAUUCACCUCUACCCGUGAUAUUUUUGUAUAAUUAUAGGAAUGGGACAGUAGAAAAUAUGAGUUUUCUUUGUGUGUAUAUUGGGGAAGGUAGAGAAGAAUCUGCUAUUUCUCUAAAUACUGUUUUGACCCAAGGCUGGACCUUAAAAGGUCAAAACAUUAACAGUAGUACUUCUGUUCACUGAAGAGUUAUAUUACAUGAAGAUAAAUGGUUUUUUGUAAGUUGUAUUGUAUUUUGUGUUGACAUAAAUAAACGUGGUAAUUUAAACAACGAA